AUGGAAAAUUUUGCUAUUUCACAAAUCCAACCCCAAACUUUAGAAACCCUUACUAUAGACAUAAUAGCCUCUCUCCAAUUAUCUGAAGACACCAAUGAAGUUGAGAUUCAGACGAUUCAAAAUCCAGACCCAGAGAUAGUUAUUGCAGAAGAUAAUGCAAAUGAAAUAGAUUUAGAAAAUUUGUUAAACACUCCUGACCAAACAAACGAAGCUUUAACCUUCUUGAAAGAAGUUGAAGACACAAGAAAAUCUCUAUUGAACAGUUUAAAAGAAGACCUCACUAUAGAAAAAGAUGAAAUCUUUACUCGAAGAAACCC